GAGAGCAAAUUUGUACACUAAAACAGGCUUGUGCUAAUUAUAAUGACAAUGGAGUUACUAGGGGAUUGACUACACCAUAAACAUGCAAUUGAGUUCCAACUUUCUUAAGGAAGGAAGGAAGGAAGGAAGGAAGGAAGGAAGGAAGGAAGGAGAAAAAAAAUGAAAAGCUACUUUGAGAGUGGAGAAUUUGGAGAUGGCACUUGGCACUGGGUACGUAACUCUUCUCACCUGUUUCUCCAGUACAAGUCCUAUUUUCAGCAGCUUCACCCAGCUCACAAAGUUCCAAAAACAGAUUUGGUUUUGUGGUUUAGGAGCAUAAUAAAAACACCAGGGAAGCCAAACAAGAAAAGUGAAAAGAAAGAGGAGGAGACAUGCUUUGAUCAUUGGGCAAAAAUAGGAAAUGCAUUAGAAAAUUAUCGUGUUUCCUUACAUGCCACAGAGCGGUAACUUCACUACACGGUGCUGACGUCUUCAUCUGAUGUAUUUGAGCUGGAAUUCUCCCACCAGACAAACUGGUCACGGGCGCCUCCAUGCAAUCCUCAAUGGCAAGCUUGGUAACAGGGCUGCAGGUUAUUCAUGGCAACACCCUGGACCAAGCAGGAUUUUCUUCUACACUAAUUCAAAAGACAUUUUAUCUCUGUUUAAUCAAAAGCUUGUUUUAUAAAUAAUGGUGAGUCAGACAGCUGCAGGUGAAAUAUUAUCCUAUUGCCCAACCUGCCCUCCCUACCAAAUAUGACUUCAGCGUGUUCAUGGAAUUUGAUCGGCAUGGCAGGAACACAGAACACUAAAGGAGCCCCGGUUAUUGGCCUCAGAAAUCAUGCAAAGCACUUGCACUUUUACUCUCCUGAAUACGAAUUCUCCUUUGGCUGAACUAGUUCUGAAUUGCUCUUCUUGGCAAGUAACAGUUUCUCUGCCCAUGGAGAUGCCCAUUAGAUCUUACAGCGGUGAAGUGCCACGCUCUAAUUCAUUAGUCAAGCAUAGUAUCUAACUGAUUCUCAAGCUGGUACACAAAGAAUUCCUGCAAGAUUGUAAGAGUGCCACAGCAUUUAGUAUUAGCAUUGUUAUUUUGUUUAAUCUUGACUUUGAUACAACCUACUGCAGAAAUCUGGACCAACCAAGAGUAUGUUCUUAAUUCACCAUUUACUGUGGUCUGUUGUGGAGGUGAGAAGAAUUGGCAGGUGGAAUUCUGGCAAGCAUAACAUCCACUCAGCUUAUAAAAAUGAGCUAAGGCUCCAUCUGAAAUUUACUGGCAUGUUAUAAUGCGUGCAAGACAAGACAAUUACCCGCCAACAUAAAUGAUCGAGGGCUGGUGUGAGAGAUGAGGUGCCCAAGUAUGUCGCGAAGAUCAGAUUAUUUAGGGUGGUUGGGGUUUGGCUACUGUUGAGGAAGAAACCACCCAGAGUUUUCGCCCAUGGUUUGUAGCUUGGUUAACAUUCCAAGUUGUUCCUUCUUCAACAGUCUAUGCCAUCCAGUUGAGGAAUAUUCAUGGGUCAACAAAUCAUCCAAACCUGGUCAUUGUAAAGCCAGAAAAAGGCAACUAAAAUGAUCAAUAGGCUAGAGAAAGUCUCCUGUGAGGAAAGGUUACAAAAUUUGAGACUGUCUGAUUUAGACAAAAAGCAGAGUAAGGAAGUGACAUGACGCACGCGUAUAAAUUAUGCCUGGUGUGAAGGAAGUAAACAAGACAUUGCAUUCUCUCUUUCAUAAUACUAGCAUCAAAGGUAGUCAGUCACCCAUGAAGCCAACUGGCGUGAGAUUCAGAACAGAGGCAAAAGAGGAAGGCCUUCUUCACACAACACAUAAUUAAAUUAUGGAGGAUGUACCAUUAGCUUUAAGCAUUCGCAACCCACAAGCCUCAUGCACAACCAUCAGACAAAGUACAGGCGGGAGAGUUCGCUCUUAGGCCUUAAUGGAUAUUAGCUUCAUGUUUCAGUAACAACCUUUCAGUUCCAUUUUAGCUAAUGUUUUAAUUAGUCUAAGCAAUUACAAGCAAGGUACUAUCUGACAACCUAAUUCUCACCUUCUGCAAUGGUGCAUCUACUCGAUCCUUUUCAUGCCAUUUAGGAAACAUGAGUAUGCCAUUAAAUUUUGUGUUCCUGAACUGCCCAAACUGCUGCCCUUGAAAAGUUCUCCAGUCAUAGGAUGAGGCUGUUUUACUGAUGAUUUGAAAGUUCAGCAAUGAGCUUUUUUGCAUGAGCAAGUAAGAACUUUCCUUGAUCAGUAUCUGAAGAACUUCUGAACUAGAUUUAAGACUGAUUUGUCUGAAAAAGCAGUGCACACAAUAUUGCUCCUGAAACAGACGGGAGUUUCAAAACACAGUUUGUGAUAUGGCAUGGCGGUCAGCUGUGAAACUUUUAAAUUCAAAAUAAAUGUGCAUUUGGUUGCUUGUUUUUAGGUAUGCUAGCUUGCUUCAAAGGACCAUAAAUUUCCCAGUAACAGUUUCCCAGUAAGACAUUUCACACUCCCAGUGGAAUUUGCCAGCUGACGGCAAACCUGCUUUUCAGUGAGAAUGCAGUAAAUUUCUAGCCAGAUGAAAUUCAGCAAAGCAAAGCAAAGCAAAGCAAAGCAGCUGUAACCCAACACCAAACCGGUGUAUUCCAGGAACAUCUCCCUUUCUACCAAUCAAUUGGAAGCAGACAAGACUCAGCACAGUGUAAUGUCAGGAACCACUCCCCUCUCCAAUGCCUCCCCCUUCUUGAAUCUGGCUGUAAACAGAGAAAGGGAGGAGUUAGCCGUGGUUUGCCAAGACAAGCAGAAACUUUGUGAGUAAUUUACUAGAGGAAAAACAAGUGCAGCACAUACGCAGACAAACUACUGAGCUGUUUAAGUCGUGGUGAUCACAGAGGAUCACUAUGUACGCAAGGAGGGAAAAUAAGACACCCUUCAGCAUGCUUUCUUCACCUGAAAUGUUAUUUAUCAGCCAUAUUUGGACCCUCAAGUACAAAGGAACGUGCUGCAUGAACUGAAGGGAAAACAUUGUAUGUCAAGAGAAGCAAGUUGUCAGAAAUUAUCUCGCCACCUCUGUGCCUGUUGAAAGCUUUGGAAAUGGCUUGGUUCUUGAGAUGGAAGAGCGAUGUGUAAUUGGACAUGCAAACAAAGCUGGUAACCGGCGGAAAAAACACCGACUUGAAGGUCACUAUGUGGAGCUGCGACGCUUUCAACAGCACCAGAGGCACAGGGGACCAGCACCUCUGCCAUGACUUCCACCUGGUCCUCUCUCUCUUUUCACUGCUCUACCUCAUCAUCUGCUUCCCAAUUGGCCUUUGCUACAAUGCCCUGUUGGUCCUGGUCAACCUGUACAACAAAGCAACCAUGACCAUGCCAGACGUUUACUUCGUCAAUAUUGCAGUCGCUGGCCUCAUCAUCAACGCGAUCGCACCAAUGUACCUUCUAGGACCUGCCAGUACAAAAUGGGCCAUCUGGAGUUUCAACAAUGAAGUCUACAUCACCUUGCUUAUCUUAUUCAACGUAUCCUCCCUCGUUAUCAUGUACUCAACGACAUUGCUAAGUUUGGACUACUACAUCGAACGUGCUCUGCCGAGGACUUACAUGUCCAGUGUAUACAACACGAAGCAUGUAUGCGGAUUUAUCUGGGGAGGAGCCAUGCUCACCAGUUUUUCGUCCCUCCUGUUCUAUGUCUGCAACCACGUGUCCUCUAAAAUAAUUGAAUGUUCCAAAAUGCAGAACAAGGAAGCCGCAGACGCGAUCAUGGUUUUCAUCGGGUACGUUGUGCCAGCCAUUGCGGUGCUGUAUGCGCUGGUGUUGAUCUUGCGAAUACGCAAGGAGGCGACGCCACUGGACCAAGACAGCGGGAGAUUAGACCCGUCGGUGCACAGGCUUCUGAUCGCUACCGUCUGCACACAGUUCACGUUAUGGACACCCUAUUAUGUCAUUCUUCUAGUAAACACAUUAACUAGCAUGCAAGGCAAAGUCACAGAUGAAAACUACAUUCGAAUAUUACAUUUUUCCAAAGGACUGUCAAAAUUCUUGGCUUUCUCAAGCAGCUUUGUCAUGCCUCUCCUUUACCGAUACAUCAACAAAAACUUUCCAAAUAAAUUGCGAAGGCUGCUUAAAAAACUCCACUGUGGGAGUCAAGGUUGCUCUCAUGAGCGCACAGUUGUUCAGCAAGUUAUAACGUAGGUAUGACUGAAUGCUGGUGGGCCAGUACCUGGUUUGCAAAGCUUAUUCUCCAAGAUACUUUCACAUGGAGGCCACUUAGCAAGGAUGCUGAAAAGGGGAUUACACUGUAAACCAGCAGCUCAGUUUUAACCUGCACAGGUAGUGAAGCUGGUUGGAGAACACUGUUGAGAAUCUGUCUGUGGCUUAACCCCAUAAUUUCCAAGACGUUCAAUGCACUGAUUCAGUUACUCAGUAUGAGCUUUGCUCUAGUAAUUCUGUCUAAAGAAAAUCACUAGUGGGCCAACUGAAGGCUUUGACUAACACCCAGCACUUUGUAAUCUCAUAGAGCGAAAAGAGGUAUCUUUAUGUUCCAUAUAAAAUAUGAUUUUAAUUGUGCAAAGUAGUUUUAUUUCAAGGUGAGGAUAGCACCUUUUCAGUUAAAAUAAUAUCCACUAAUGAUCAAGCUGGUCAAAAUUAUGUAAUAGUCUAAACAAUGAAGGAUCAAAGAUAAAAUGUUUUUAAUAUUUAAUAUAAGAGAGAUUUUGUAAAACCCUGAUUUAAAGCAACAUUUAUUUGCAGUUUUAAAACAGACUAGUCAAAGACUUGUUCUAAUGUAUUCAUUUUUUUACAUCUUAUCAAAAAGUCAGUUGUCCCUGCAACACAAAACAUUUCAGUCACUAGUAGCCACAUUUUAAGAACGUUUUUAAAAUAUUUUAUCUAGAAAAUGAAAGACAAAGAUGUUGGCAAUUUUAAGAUAAUUAAAAAUCAGACAGAGUUAAAGAACAUCUAUUUAAUCGUUAAUUUAUUCUUGCAUAAGCUUUAGUGGACACUGCCCACUUUUGAAGAGAGCAGUUGUCCAAAAAAGUUAUGCCAAAGUAAAAUUGUCUUUAAGGUGCCACAAAACUCUUUGUCAUUAUUGCUGUAAGAGAUUAAUAUGGCUACACCUCUGGAAAUUAUUCAUUAUGGUCCAUAAAUAUUCAUACGGACAUGUUCUUUUUACAGUUGAAUGAAUCAGCAUUUUCAAGGUAUUAUUUACAUGCAUUAAAGGAGCAGCUUUAAAGGACUGCAAAAAUGAAUUUCUAAUUUAGAUAAUGAUUGAUGAGAGUUUUUUGGGAAGUGAUGCAAUUUAAUGAUUGUCUUUUGGGAAGUGAUGCAAUUUACUGAGUUUCUUACUAGCUUGUGCCACAGUACAGUGUGAAUAAACAGUGCACAGAAUGUACUGGGAGCGGGACUUCUGUGCUGCUUUGGCCCAAGUCUUUUGCUUCCCUUUGCUGCCCGCUCCUCUUGUCAGAUGUGGAAACCCAGUAUAAACUGCGAGCCUAAGCUAGAUUCAGAGGAUGUCUGAUGCUCACCUGGGCCCUUUUUAUUCCCGCUGCAGCCCCCCUCCAGCCUCCAGAAAAGCUACACUCAAAGGGCAAGAGAUGCAGUGCGGUUUGAGGGGCUGCAUGGGGCAGAGGGAAAUCCGCACCCUCCACGUGGGAAUGCAGAUGUGCCUCCGAUAUACCCGAAGAAACAGAGAACGGUUCCCAGCUUUGCUACACAAACACACAGAGAGCACUGUGCGUGGAGAAUUCAGCAACUAAAAUGGCUAACCAUGCACAUAAGUAUUUUCCCUUUUCUCUGCACUUUAAUACACAUACAUUCUUCUCUUCGCACCCGAUUCAGGUUUUCCUAUUAGUAAUACUUAGUUUUUCUCAGCAACAUACUAAAUUCACAUUUUUAUUGAAUACACUUUUCAAGUUCUCUUUAAUUCCCAUAAUUAACUGCUCUGUUGCCAUUUGCCUGCAUAAAGGACUAUCUGGUAUAUGAGCAUAACAGUAUGUGUUCAAAGUGCAUUGUGAUUCAAAACUAUACACCACUGCUUUCUUCUUCUACCUUGUUGUUCCGUAUUACACAGAAUAUUUCACUUGUCUCUUCGGGUGGCUUACUUUUUAGUAUUUCCUGUUCUGCACCCACAAUCACCCAGUCUGUUUUAACAUCAAAAUAAUAGUAUUAGUAAGAGAGAAAUGAGGUUUCUUCCACUUUCCUUCCUUUUGCUAGCAUUUUCACACAAUAAGAAAUAGAGGCAGGAAAUAACUGUGACUCUUCUCCUUUAUACUCUUCAGGUUUCUCUUCACGUUCUGUAAAGCUGUCUACUCAAAAUGGAUUUCCAAAACCACUUCUCACAGCUCCAGUUUAACGAAAUGAUUUCCCAGAUCUCUCCAUUACAAGAGGUGCUGUUCAUAUGCUUUGCAAAGCUAAGAUCAGUAUGAUUUAUCUGAGUAUAAUAUGUGAUGUGGCGUAAUACACAUCGCUACCAGUCGUCCUCCUCCAAACACAGCCACUGAUACCUAGUCACGUGUUUGCUGAAAGGGCAGCAGAGGCAGAAGUCAUGGAAUAUGGAGCUUGCAACAGGAAAUAUAUUGCCUAAGACAGGGAUUUAGCCUCCUGAAUUAUUGCAUGCCCGUGCACAGAGUUCUCAUUAGGCCCAAAGAAGGCCAAUGACCAGCAGGCAGCAUGAAUCUCUCAGCUGACCAACGAUCGUACAAAUUCCAACUGUCUAGUCAAAACUGUACUUGCUGCCUGCUACAGGUCAGAUUCAGUUGCCAGUGCUGGAAAAGAGAGGCCAAAGCUCUCAAGUGCCCUCAGCCUGGGCAGGAGUUGGGCAACGGUCCCUGUCCUUUCCCCAUAUGUUUCUUUAAGGAAACACUUCCGGCAACCGUAUUAUGCAAUGUAUUAUGUAUUCAUUUAUGCAAUGAAAUGAGCAGCAGGCCUAGGACUGACCUCUUCAGGGUCUGCACCUGCAAAAUGCUGCCUGCCAGAGCCCUGCUGCAAGUUCUUCCUAGGCCAGUGUUGCCUGGGACUGUGAGCUUACUAAAAUAUGGAAGAGUAAUUCACAGCACUGAACAUCUUAGGUCUGUGGGCUCGAAUAGCAAGCCACCAGAUUCACUUAGGAUGUACUUACUGAUGUGUCUUUACAGAUACAAAAAGAGCUUUAUCAAAUGCAUGACCUAAAACUGUCCUGCUUUCCAAUACGGACAUGGUAAUUCACAUCCUGAAUAGACAUCAUGUCAAGCACAAUAUCCUUUGCUGUUUUCUUAGGCACCGAAGCUCCAAGCUACAAGACCACCAGUCAUGUUAUUGUCCUACCCUUCUCUAUCAUGACCUUUAAGAUGCAAAUAUUUAACGCUAGAUUCUGGUGCGAUGAAUGCCUCUAGGUGUUCUCUAAAAAGAGGAAAAUUAAACAGAAAAGCAGGAGAAGGAAAGUAAACUGGCACUAGAAUUCGGUUUCAAUUCCACAAGGAUCACACGCUUUUGGAAGUCAAAAUCUAUUUAAUUCCUUUUGCCACUCAAUUCUCUGCUUCAGAAAACCCACAUUUAUCCAAAAUUCAUGUUGAUUUGCCUGCACCAUUUUGUUUGUUUCAUCUCACGUAAAUAACUACACAAUAGCUUACUCCUUUUCAUUCAGAAAUCAGUCCCACUGGACUCAACAAGCUUUAUUCCCUAAGCGUGCUUAGAAUGAUCAUUUUCUGUCCUACUUCUUGUCUAUUUGCUUCUAGAGAUAGCCACAAACCCCAGGAUUAAUCCUUGCAAUGAGCAGACAGGCCCGUCUAAAUAUGAACAGCCCAGCAUUCUGCCUUCACUUGAUCAAAAAGGUUAGAUCACUGGCAUCUUGCACUUCAGGGGUGUGUGCUUGGAAAUACAUACAUAGCAAACUUGGUUUAAGUUUCACUGUAAGUAUUUUAGAAAGGUUAAUUUGGUGCUUUGCAAAAAAGAAAAAGGCAGUAUUUUAGGUACAAAGAAACGUUCAAUCUCUUUGUUGUGUAACCAUCUGUACAAACCAGCAGUGCCAAGACUGCCCUAUAUUUUCAAACAUAUUCACAAUGUUUGCAUAUUGCUUAAGGAACAGUAUUACUCUGCAACGUAAUUUCAAAUGCCUGUUUUUUCCAUUUAGACUGGUUUACUUUUCUAGGGGAGCGUGCAUGUGAGAAACUGGUAUUUUAGCUAUUUUCCUGAUAAUGUACCACAAGUACCCGAUGUGAUAUUCUUUCCACGAAAAUACCAAACACAAAGUACAGCAGCCACGUAUAUUUUAAAAAAUUUGGAUCUGGAGUGAUUUUCAGAUAAGCAUACAAGUAAAUUUCUAAAGAGACAACAAGUUUGCCAUCUGUAUCCCAGUAAAAAACAGAGUGGAUUUAAGGAAAAUGAUAAGCAGUGAAGAUAAAGAACAUUAACAAGAAUGGAAACCUGUUCUCAAAAUUAAUAAUCAAAUGUGGGGCCUUUACAUUUCAAUGUCUGAAGGGUUCUGGUUUCUUUGUAAAUAUGAGCCAACCUGUUGAGCAUUACCAUGAACAAUACUGUGUAUCUGCAGAUAGGAGCAGUCUACUGAUGUACAAAGAAUACUUUAAAGAAUUUAUUAAAUUAUUUCCGAAGACACAGAUAUAUCACCAUUUUAGAAUAAACCUCUAGACCAUUAAAGAGUACUGUAUAAGGUUUAUGUGUACAGAAAGUCAGCACAAGAGUGCCAUUAUUAACAGUAUUAUUUUCUCAGAGUACAGAUUAGUAUUUUUGAAAAUGAUUUAUGAUGUGUAGUUCUCCUCUUGACAGGGGAGACAAUUAUGUCAAAUUAAUAAACAAAUAAAAAUGUUCACCUCAGUC